CAUGCGUUUCUGAAGAAGUUAACAUAGGUACAAACAGUUAUUUUGUUUUAUUUUUUAUUUACGUAUUGUAUUCUCAUUGUGCGUUCAAGGUUUUUUAUUUUUCUUAAUUUAUGUUGACUACUUUUUUAAAGACUAUUUGAGCGUCAUUGAUGUGUACCUAAUACAUCACGUGAUAAUAUACAAUUUUAAUCAUGAAUGUUGGAGUUAUCUUACUUGGAAGUAUCUUACUAAUCGCUAGUCCAUGUUUUUCCAUAAAUGUUUUUCAAUAUUUGGGUCAGGCUUAUCGUAAAAAUCUGAUUCAAUUCCGUGAAGAUAUUCAAUUUGGAAACAAAAAAAUAUUAGAUGAAUACGAUUUCAUAAUUGUAGGAGCUGGUGCUGCAGGAGCAACGAUCGCUCGGCGGUUAGCAGAAGUUUCAGAAUGGAACAUAUUAUUAUUGGAAGCUGGCGGAGAAGAAUCAUUAAUAACUUCAUUACCAGCUAUUGCUCAUUAUUUACAAUUUACAAAUUAUAAUUGGGCAUACCACACGGAAAAGGAACUGCAUUCUUGUAGAGGUCUUAUAAAUAAGACUUGCCCUUGGCCAGCAGGAAAAGGAUUGGGAGGUAGUACAAUAAUUAAUAACAAUAUGUACACAAGAGGUAAUGUAAGAGAUUUUGACCGUUGGGCAGAAGCAGGAAAUCCAGGGUGGUCUUACAAUGAUGUACUACCGUAUUUCUUAAAAAAUGAAAAUAUAAACAUACCAGAACUCAAAAAGUCACCUUAUCACGGUGUUGAAGGACCACUGCCAAUUAGCUAUGCUGGUUUUAAUUCAAAAUUAGUAAAUGCAUUCUUAGAGUCAGCGUCUGAAGUUGGUAUGUCUGUUGGUGACUAUAAUGCUCCAGGUAGCCAUGUAGUUUUUUCUAGAAUUCAAAGCACAACAUCAAAUGGAAGACGAAUAACUUCUGCGAGAGCUUAUCUUCACGACAAUUUAAAAAAUUUGCAUAUAGUUGAAUUUGGUUAUGUUACGAAAAUACUAAUAGAUAACCGUACAAAAGUAGCAUAUGGAGUAGAGUUCGUAAAAAAUAAAAAGAAAAGAAAAGUAUUGGCUAAAAAAGAAGUGAUAAUAUCAGCAGGCACGUUCAACUCCGCUAAGUUAUUAAUGUUGUCAGGUAUUGGGCCUAAAGAACAUUUGAAUUCAUUAAAUAUAAACACUGUAAGUGAUUUACGCGUGGGUGAUAACUUACAAGAACAUCCGGCAUAUGCUGGGCUAGCUUUUUUAAUAAAUGAAACUAUAUCAUUUGUUCCGGACAGAGUAUAUCGUGACUUAAUAGGUGAAGCAUUUAAAAUUUUAGAAAAAAAAAGUUGGAUGACAACUUUACCUCCGGAAGGUGUUGGAUAUGUAAAAACUAAGUACAACAAGGAUAUAGGAGAUAUACCUGAUAUCGAGUAUAUAUUUAUACCUGGCAGUUUAGCAGGAGAAGCGGGUUUAGGUGGGACUAUGGGACGAAGAUCAAUGGGUAUUCCUGAUAAGUUGUUCUACGAAACAUACAACAGUAUUUUGACUCAUGACUCAUGGACAAUUUGGGUCAUGUUGAUGUAUCCGGAGAGCAGAGGACAGGUACGGUUACGCAGUGCUAAUCCAUUUGAUAAACCAGUGAUCAAUGGGAAUUUUUUCACCGAGCCUCUCGAUUUAAAACGAAUUGUAGAAGGCAUAAAAAUGACAAUUGAGCUCAGCAAAACCAAAGCGUUUCAAAAGUACGGUUCCAAAUUACAUACAACUCCUUUGCUGGGAUGUAGACAUUUAGAAUUCGGCUCCGAUCCCUACUGGGAAUGUUGUGUUGAGACAAUGACAAUGCAAAUGCAUCACCAGAGUGGUACAUGCAAAAUGGGACCGGAAUGGGAUCGAAACGCUGUAGUGAACUCUCAGCUAAAGGUUUAUGGUGUGAAUAGACUGAGGGUAAUUGAUGCCUCUAUAAUGCCUACUAUUACAGGAGCUCACACUGUUGCACCGACAUACAUGAUUGGAGAAAAAGGUGCCGAUUUAGUAAAAUCUACUUGGUUGAAUAAAAUUCAAACAGAUUUGUGAUCAAUUAUUAUUCGUACAUUAAUUAUAAUUAAGUUUCAUUUGAAACUCUUUUAUAGAUUCUUC